AUGCCGAGUGUAUUAGGCAAGCGCAAAUCGGGCCAGGUUGAGGAAGAUGCAGAAGCUCUUGCCAAUGCCCAAGAGCUCCUCAGGCGGCACUUCGAGGCGCGUUUCAAACCUCUUCCUGAUGCGCCCUGUGCGGCACAAAAGAAAUCUACCAACGACCUCGGCAGCCGCGACAGCCACGACAGCGAUGUGAGCUAUCGCGAUGACUACAGCGACGCCGAAGCGAACCAGUCUGACUCGGAAUGGAGUGGCGUUUCGGACGACGACGGUAUGCCUAAACCCCGAGAAACCGAGACAGAUACACCUGUUGUCGAAGUAGUCGACUAUACGUCAACCGCCUCAACAGCAGACACAGCGAAAAUGAGCAAGAAAGAAUUCAAAGCAUACCUCUCCUCGCGGCCACCCGAUCCCAACCACCAAGCGGCACAGACAACAGCCAACACCAAGAAGACGCCAUCCGACCAAGAGGACCCCGAAGACAGCGCCGCUCUCCUAGCCAACGAUCUCGCCCUGCAGCGCCUCAUCGCAGAGUCCCACAUUCUCUCCGCUGCCGGCGGCAACGCCUCCCACUGGCAGUCCCAACACGCCGCUGGCACCGCGACCAACACGCGCGCCUUCGCCGCCGGCCGCACGGCACGCAAGACCACCGACAUGCGGAUACAGGCCCUGGGUGGCAAAGAGAGCGUCCUCAGCCAAGCAAAGAUGCCCAUGUCCAUGCGAAAGGGCAUUGCGAGCGCCGCCGCGGCCAAGGAGGAGAAGCGGAGGAGAGAGGCGCGGGAGAACGGCAUCAUUCUGGAGAGGGAGGCCAAGAAGUCCAAAGCCAAGAAGAAGCCGAGGGGCGAUCGACCCGUCGAUCUGCCGGCCGUGGGGAGGAUGAGAGGUGCCGAGUUGCGAGUCAGCGCUAGAGAGGCGCGGGCCAUCGCCGCCUCUGUGAGAGGCCCGGCAGGAAAGGGGAAGGGGAAGAGGAGGAGAUGA